AUGCCCGACUGGAGACAGGAGUACCUCGCUGGCCUCAGCGACGCUGAGAAGCAAAAAUCUCCCCUCAACCACGAGCUCAUCGCUGCCUACUCCCAGCUUCUCGACCGCGUCUCCGUGCUCGAAGCCGAAAAGGCAGCUCUCCAGCUCCAAUCCGGGACCGGCGCUCCCACAUCACCCUCUCCUUCGGCGCCCCCACCCACGAGCGGCGGCGGUGGCGCCGCCGCCGCUGACGAGCCAGCCCUCGUCGCGCGCCUGCGGCUGGAGCUGGCCGAAGCGCUGCGGUCCAACACGCAGCUGCAGCGGCGGGCGCAGACGGCGGAGGACGAGCUGGCGCGGCUGCGGGCCAAGAGCGCGGCGGAGGGGCGGGCGGUGCGGGAGCUGACGGCGGAGCGGCGGACGCUGGCGGUCAAGCUGCGGGACCGCGAGGAGGAGCUGCGGGCCAAGAACAAGCUGGUGGCGGAGGUGCAGGACGAGCUGGCGGUGCUCAACAUGCAGCUGGACCUGGUGGAGCGGCGGCGGGCGGAGCAGGAGGCCGAGAACAAGCAGCUGGUCGAGCGCUUCAUGCAGCGGGUCGGGCAGGAGGCCGAGGCGCUCAACCUGGCCAGCGAGCCGCUGUUUAGCAGGAGGAGGUGA